AUGUCGGGCUCAUCUUCAUCUUCUAAAUCCGAAACUAAACCCAGAACACAUGUUUUGUGUUUUGACGGAACUUCUAAUGAGUAUGACGCAGAUAACACAAACGUCGUCAAGCUGUUUGCACUGCUGAAGAAGGACGACUUUGACGAUCAGCUAUGCUACUAUCAAGCUGGGAUAGGAACCUACUAUGAGCCUGGAGUCGUUUCCCCUCUGUUUGAAUGGGGUGCAAAGAUCAUGGAUUAUGCAUUUGCAUGGUACUUGGAUCAGCAUGUCAUGGAUGGCUAUACAUUCUUGAUGCAGAAUUAUCGAAGGGGUGACAAAAUCUGCAUUUUUGGGUUUUCUCGUGGCGCAUAUACUGCAAGAGCUUUGGGCGGCUUGCUUUACAAGGUUGGCCUUUUGCCCCGGGACAACCAAGCCCAGGUUCCUUUCGCAUAUAAGAUGUACAAACGAACAGACCCGGAAGGCAUUCAACUAUGCGCCGGUUUCAAGCAAACGUAUUGUCAAGACGUGACCAUUGAGUUUAUGGGCGUCUGGGAGACAGUAGCAAGUGUCGGGGUCAUCAUGGGACGCACGUUGCCUUUUACCAACUCAAACAGCGCGAUCAAAACGUUCCGUCAUGCUCUUGCACUCGAUGAGCAUAGGGCUAAAUUUAGACCGAACUAUUACCAUCGACCUGCACCUAAUAAUGCAGGCUCGCGACUUGAUCCCGAACACGCAAGUGAUCCUGUAACACAAGGCGGGUCUUCGUUUACGAAAGGCGACAGCCCCUCCUCUGAUGAAGAAGAUGCGACCUCGGUAAAAGAGAAAAAGAAGAAACGGUGGGGUUUUUUCGGGGUGGGAGAGACUGUCAAAGUGAAGCGGACUGGCAAGGCCAUCGCGCCCGUACUUGUCGAGGAGGACCAGACUGAUCCCUGCGACGUCCUCGAAGUCUGGUUCUCCGGUUGUCACAGUGAUGUAGGCGGCGGUGCAGUGUCCAAUGAUACAGUCGACAGUCUUGCGAACAUUAGUUUGCGGUGGAUGGUGCGCGAGGCCAUGGCGGCGGCCUGCGACAUCAAGUUUGAUGCUGAGGCGCUUAAGCGCGCGAACAUUGAUUUACAGCUCGAGCCGGGUGCCCCGGAGUUGGAAAUGGACGCGGUAGACGCGGUGCAGCCCAUUCACGAUGAGCUCAAGUCGAACCCACUUUGGUGGCUACUUGAAAUUAUCCCGCUGCAGUAUUCGUGGCAAGACGCGAAAGGCGUAUGGCACCGUAGUUGGAGUUUCCAUCUCGGGAAAGGACGCAAGAUUCAGGAUCCCAAUCCCAAGUUCCACACCACUGUGAUGAAGCGUAUGCAAUCACCGCUCAAUUAUUCCCCCAAAGCCCGCUUUACAGCAGGAUCCGAAACUUUCGUUCAUUGA